AUGAGCGUCGCGAGGUUAGCAGACAUUGAAGUGGAGCAAAAGCCGGAAAGCAAGAAAAUCUCCGAGGAGGGGACGGAGGUUCUAAAUCCCAGGCAUGUUAAUGCAAUUAAGAGGCCAUCGUUCCAAGGUUGCUGUGCCUUGCCCUCCCCCGAUAAUGGUAUUUUGUCUGAUGUACACAAAGUAUUUAAUGAUCUGACUCGUCAUGCUCCCACAAGAUAUGGCCGGAGGUUGGGUGGGCACCGGCCAACAAUAGCAAAACCAAUCUACGGGAGUGAUAUAGUAGGAAAACAAGUGAAGAGAAAAGCCGCGUAUAAGAAAGAUAACCCAAUGAAGAAAAACAUACUCUCCCUCAUGACAAAUUUGCACCCUUCUCGUAGACAGAUUACCUCCUGA